CGGCCUACUUGAAUAUAGGAAUAAUUUUGAUGAACCAGGGCCACCUGGAAGAGGCCAAACGCACCUUCCUUACUUGUGCUGACAUUCCCGAUGAGAAUUUGAAGGAUCCUCACGCUCACAAGAACUCCGUCACCAGUUGCCUGUACAACCUGGGAAAACUGCUCCAUGAACAGGGCCAGCAGGAGGAGGCCUUGUCUAUUUUCAAGGAGGCAGUGCAGAAAAUGCCGAGGCAGUUUGCACCACACAGCCUUUUCAACAUGAUGGGAGAAGCCUACAUGAGGCUGAACAGGCUGGAGGAAGCAGGUCACUGGUACAGAGAGUCCCUCAGGGUCAAGCCUGACCACAUCCCUGCUCACCUCACUUAUGGAAAACUGCUAUCCAUCAUUGGGCAGAAAACAGAAGCGGAGAGAUAUUACCUGAGAGCUAUUCAUCUAGACCCGACGAAAGGAAACUGCUACAUGCACUACGGACAAUUUCUGUUGGAGCAGUCCCGUCUUGGCGAGGCUGCAGAGAUGGCGGAAAGAGCCGCAGAAUUGGACAACUUUGAGUUUGAUGUGGUCUUCAGUGCUGCUCAUAUGCUCAG